AGGAGACAAUAUAAGAUCAGCCUGGAUCAGCUAGUCAGCUGGAUCAGCCCUCUAGCCUCUUUCCUCACUCUGCUCCAGGUUGAGUCCUAGAGCUGGAACCCCUCUCCAGCCCCGAGUCACAGCUGCACAGGAGACCAAGUCCUGCUCUGCAGAGAACUCAUCCUUCUUCCAGAACAAGGACCUCCGUAGAAACCAGAAGAGGAGGAGAAAUCAUUCUUCAUGCUGGAGACAAGAGAGAGUGAGGAAAGCCAGGGAGUUCACUCGGGGAAAAAGGCCCCAUCCCACCUCCCACCAGGAGUGCCAGAAGUCAAGUUGUGGAUCUGAUACACGUGGAUGAAGCUUGCUUCUGACUCAACUACAAAUCUACAGUCCUCAGCAGUUACAGAAAAGACAACCACAGAGCUAGCUGAACAGUCUGCCUUCCUAGAAGACCACAGUGGGACUUCAGUUAAAUCAAAGAAAGUAUCUUUUAUAAGUUGUGAAUGACUUGUGACCAUUUAUCAUAACAUUUAUAAUUGGCUGGAGCAUUUUUCUGUUUUAUUAUUUGCUUAUCCUUUUUUCUUUGCUUCUGGAUUCAUCUAAUCAUUUUACCUGUGAUUAUAUUGUAGACAAUCAAGCCUAUCAUUUGCUGUGAUAUUGAUGAUAAGAGAUAUUUAACUUUUGCUCUAUUUUAAUUUAAACCUUGUGAUAAUACAGUUAGUAGCAAAGUUUAGGGCCAUUGCUAUUUUCCCACAUAAGAUCUUGGCCCCAGCUAUAAUGAUGGCUCUGGCUUUGCUUUACUGCCUCAUCCCACUGGUGUCUGCUGCUUCCUGGAGGGAAAAUUCUCUAAUUAUGUUAUCUCAGAGUAUAGCCACAGGUAAGAACUUAAGUAAUUGUUGGCUAUGCCAUUUGGAAUCUGAAGACAUCCGUAAAAACUAUGUCCCACUUAUAGUCCCUGUAGCUGAUUUUGAUACUGUGCCGAACCCCACGACCUACUAUCAUCGUCCUCCUCCAAGCCUCACAUUCAAAGUUAGGCUAAUGAAAGCCCCUAAGAGUGCCCACAUCCCUUGUUUCACCUUGUCUGAGAAAGUUUUCACUGGAACAAGAGUUAAGAUUGGUCCACCGCGGUCUCUUGACUUUCUCCUGAAAAAAUGUGAUGAACAAAACCCCCUGAUAUGUACGAAUGACAAAUGUGAAAGGGCUAAAAGUGACACUGAUUCGUGCCAGAGAGUCAGAAAAGUUCAAUAUAAUGUAACGGGAAUAUGGAGGGCUUGCAAUGGUAGUGAUCCCUGGCUAGAGAACAUACUGUCCGUGCUCCCCCAAAAAGAAAGUAUCGAUUUCACUAUGCUGGGAGGUAUAACUUGUGCCCCUCCAGGAUAUUACUUUGUCUGUGGCACAGGGAAUACCCCAAGAAGGGAAGGGAGGGCAUAUCGCUGCUUAGACAGCUGGCAAAUAGCAGGGUCAUGCCUACUGGGAUAUAUAAAGAUGCCUUCCUAUAAUAAAAGAAUGAUAUCAGCAGUAUAUGAAGACAAUAUAGGACAAAGCUCUUUUGGCAACCUCACACCAACUGCCAGAUUUUAUGUCAAUAGAGAUAUGAUUCAUAACCUCUCUGCCACAAUUGAACAAAUUGCUCAGGGCAGAGCUAAAAGUAUUGCAGCCCAACACACAUCUUUGAAUUCAUUGACUCGAGUAUUCCCGGGCAAUAGAAUAGUCCAUGAUUUCUUAUUAGCAAAACAAGGAGGAGUGUGUGUAAUGGCUAAUACCACAUGCUGCGUAUACAUCAAUACCUCUGGAGAAGUUGAAACCCGAGUAAACAAAAUACUUCAAAAGGCUACCUGGUUAUAGGAUGUACAUAAAGAGGGUGCACAUCAGGACUUAUUUCAGAACACAUCUGAAAUAGGGGUUUUUUUGAGUACUGUUACAAGGCUCCAUUUGAUCAUCAUCUUCUUUUUAAUGUGUUUCUUAAUUUUCAAUUAUUUGUUCAGAUGCUAUGACAAAGUGAUCAAAGAGAGAAAUCAUGUUUUCAUAAUUCAAAGUACGAUGCUAGACUUGGGACUUGAGAAUUCUUUGCAAAGGGGAUCCAAGACUUUUGCUCCUCUAAUUCUGAAGAAUUAACAUCGCCCCUGUUCAGCAGGAAGUAGCCAGAGCGGUCGUCGCCCUGUUCCCCUCAGCAUGAGGAGUAUCAAAGAGCAGAGGGACCUGAAAUUGAGCAGGACCCUGCAGGGUCUUCCUGGAUACAAUCUCCUAUUGUCCCCACUUCUUGUUUGUAGAAAAAAGUUGAGAUUUUUAGGUCUUCGCAGAGUUCCAAAGAGCAGACUCAAGCAGUUAAUGAUUACAGAAUUGAGGAAAUGCAGGAACAAAGGAAAAGCAAUCAAGCAAUAAAUGUUUAGCCAUAAAACAGAGUCACAGGAUUCCUAGAUCCUUUUCAAGGGAUAUAGAUAAUAAACUGAUGCAACAUAUCUUUGAGUUGUUUUCCAGAAACCAGGAUCUCAUGAUGAAACCCACUGGCAGUGUAUGGCAGUUACAAACAAGUUGGAACCAGAAGAAUGAUGAUCAAGAUGCCAGAUAUCACUUUGUUGAUUAAAACCCCAUCAAUCAGAAGAAUCCAUGAGAUAAUCACGCACUUAAGCUCCUUACCCUUAUUUUUAAUCUAAAAAUCUCCUGUCUGAAAGUCACUGGGGAGUUCAGAUCCUUUAAACAUUUACUGCCCAUUCUCCUUGCUUGGCACCCUGCAAAUAAAUGCUGUACUUUCUUUCACUACAA